AUGGGGAACUGCUGGGGCGCCAAGAUCAGCUCCGACAGCUCCUCCUCCUCCCCUUCAGGGACGAAUUCCAAGUAUGCUAGUAGGAAUGGGGCGGCCUUGAGCAGCUCCAGCAGCUAUGCCUCCGCGGCGUCAGUGCCACGGAGCGAGGGUGAGAUUCUGGAGUCAGCGAAUGUCAAGGCCUUCUCUUUCAAUGAGCUGAGGACCGCCACGAGAAACUUCCGGCCGGACAGUGUGCUAGGCGAGGGAGGGUUCGGGUCAGUCUUCAAGGGGUGGAUCGAUGAGAAGACCCUCACCCCAACCAAGCCUGGCACCGGGAUGGUCAUUGCUGUGAAGAAGCUUAAUCAGGAAAGCUAUCAGGGCCAUAGGGAAUGGCUGGCUGAAGUGAAUUACCUUGGACAACUAUCGCACCCGAAUCUUGUAAAGCUCGUUGGGUACUGUGUUGAAGACGAACAGCGGCUUCUCGUCUAUGAGUUCAUGCCUCGUGGGAGUUUGGAGAAUCAUCUCUUUAGGAGGAGUACACAUUUCCAGCCGCUCUCCUGGAACCUUCGGAUGAAAAUUGCCCAUGGAGCAGCAAAAGGGCUCGCAUUUCUCCACAGUGACAAGGCCAAAGUCAUCUACCGUGAUUUCAAAACCUCUAAUAUCCUCCUAGAUGCGAACUACGACGCAAAGCUCUCAGAUUUUGGCCUGGCGAAGGACGGACCGACCGGUGACAAGAGCCAUGUGUCCACAAGGGUGAUGGGGACAUAUGGGUAUGCUGCACCAGAAUACCUUGCAACAGGCCACCUGACCACGAAGAGCGACGUGUACAGCUUCGGCGUGGUCCUCCUGGAGAUGCUGUCGGGGCGGCGCGCGGUGGACAAGAACCGGCCGACCGGCGAGCACAACCUGGUGGAGUGGGCGCGGCCGUACCUGACGAGCAAGCGGCGCAUCUUCCGCGUCCUGGACCCCCGUCUGGGCGGGCAGUACUCCCUCGCCAAGGCCCAGAAGGCGGCGUCGCUGGCGCUGCAGUGCCUCUCGGUGGACUCGAGGAACAGGCCGAGCAUGGAGCAGGUCGUCGUGGCGCUGGAGCAGCUCCACGACGCCAAGGAGGGAGGCACUGAUGCAAUGGAGAGAUUCUCAAUUGUGUUUCCUCAUGAUAUAGUUACUGAGAGUAAACACCAUCUAUCAGCUUCAUGGAUUCCACAAUUUUGUUUUAUGCACCACCAGUACAUUGCAUCCUCAGUCGGGCAUUUAUAUGCCUUGAAUGGAACAAUGAAAUAUCGAUGA